UGAUGAGGAAAUUGAACCCGCUGUCCCUUCAACCGAACUCAUAGACUUUAUGAUGCAUGUGACCAAAAGGAGUCGCGGCCAAUCCUUGUACAUGCCUGUCAUGUUCCACGUUGUGGCCACCAAUUCCCAGGUGGAUGCCCAGAAUGCCCAGCUCCUCAGCCUGGCUCAUCUGGUCAGUCGGCAGAAUGGCACCCAAUCGGGUUCCCAGUCUUCCCCCUGCUCCUUUGCCCACUUGAAUCACUUGGAGAGCCAACAGCAAGAGAUCCAAGAUCGCUUUAGACUGGUCCAUGCCAGUCUGAUGCAGUACAUCCAAAAGGCGGAGCAACUGAAAGGCUAUCGGCAACGAUUCGAUGACCAAUUGGCCCAGUACGAGGAACUACUUAAACAGACAGCCAAUACAGAAUUUGGCCAUUUUCUGCAGGCCUCCCAUGCGAAUUUGCAUCAUAUAAAUAACUUGGUGGAUAAGAAUAACUAGGGAAGGUUUUACUUCUAAUAUAUGUCGUUCAUUUCCUUUAAAAUGUCUUGUGUGGUAACCAUUUGUAUUAAUUUUAACCUACAAUAUAGUCUAAAAUAAUGAAAUGAUCUAGCUGUCUUGAUUCAAAUAGCAUACUUUUAGACUAUCAAAAUUCUAGUUUUCCAAAUUAACGUUUCACCGAAAGAAUAAAAAAAUUCUGGACCAUGAACAGCCACCCGGCGACCAAAAAAAAUCAUCUAGUGCUGGGUCCCAAGCGACGUGGUCAUGUGGAUGAUCAAAAUGUGGAGAAUGAUAUCAGGAUAUUGGACAGCAAGUCAGUGUUGUUGAGGGUGCAAAAUAGCUCAGCUAAGCCUGGUAAUCAUGUGGAUCUUCCUCGCUACUACCGUCACUUGGAAUUCGAUGCCAUUGGCCAUGAUUUUGAGAAUCACAUCAGGGCGGAACUAAGCGAUUAUAUUGGCCAAAUGUUCCGUCACCGACGCCAUGGAAGUCUGCUGCGUAUCACAAGCCAAAGGAACCACAACCAACUUUUGACCCGCCUAUUGGUAACUGAGGUGGACAAAGUGAUAGGAAUGCGCUGUCGUCUGAAAUCAGUUAACAUAGACUACUUUGAUGUCAGAAAAUUCGACAUGGUCAACAUGUUGGUGGAACCCCUUGCGGUACCCAAUCGACGAAGGGUCACACCUUGUGGAAAAAGUAUUCCCAGCAAGGAGCUGUUCCAGUGGCUAACCAAUGACCUUACCUCCAUAAGAGAUCGUGGAAUUGGCGAUGACUAUUUGGACUUUGAGUUUGUGUACCGGGAUAGCUUGGCCUUGCAGCACAGGUUCAUCUUUCAAUUUUCACAUCUUGGCAGCGAAAACCGACCCGAUUUGGUCGAGUUCUUUAGACAUUUGCCACAGGGCAGGCAAAAUGGUAGUACCCUUAACGAUUGCUUGAAGGAGUCCUUUGACUUUAGGAGUCCCAAUUCUGCAGUGGUUAUGUUUGAACUGCCCAUAGCUCCCGCAAAGUGAUCGAGACGCAAGAUCUUGAAGCUGGCGGACAUAGCUUAUGGAUCCCUGGAGAAAUCCCGAAUAAUGGCUAAAUCUGAACCGAUCAGUCUCCCAAGUUCUAUUACUUUAAACAAGGUAAGCAGGGCCUCUGGAACCCGUAGCUGUGUGAGAUCAGUGCCUGACAUAACCCUAGCCCAUUGGCGUCGUACUGCCAAGUUCUCUCAUGAGGACUAUAAUGGUCUGGCCUACUGGUAUGGACGCAUAGAUUCAAAGUUUGCGGAGCUAAAACUGGCCAUGGAGCAGCAUUUUGUGAAUCUAUAUAGGCGGAAAAGUUUAGACCUGCGCAGUGAAAUUAGAUCUAUCAAUCAUCUGAGUGAGGAGAUCGACGAGAGUGGUGGCGAUGGAGCCAGGCUGCAAAGGCCACACAGGGAAGUGGAUUCAACCAGGAAAACAUACUCCGUCUUAAAGAAGGUUAAAAGACUGGAAACUGAUGCGGAGAAAACCACCUUCGCCCCCACUUUGAAAGUCUACAUUAGCACAAAGAACUACGAACUUUCGGAGGCGGAGAAGGUCUUCAAGCAAAGGGAGAUAGAGAAUCAGCUCGGUUUGAUCCAGUACAUCAAUACGCCGGACUCCAGCAUUUUCGGGGAUUAGAAGUUUAACUAAAUGUCACCGUGACACCUGUGAUGUUUAGUGAAACUCCUUUUCCCAAGUGAAAACCUGAAAAAAUAAAUAUUCAAUUGUCGAUUUA